GUCUUACUGUUCCUCACAGGCAGCCAGGCAGGGGAAAGGGAAAUCACCUUCAGCUGGGAGGGAAAACAGGACACUCCUGGAUGUGGGAAGASAUGAGCUUUCCCUCGGAAGGAGAGCUCUGCUCUACCUGCACCUCCCUGGAGAUCAAGCUUUGGAGAACUUAGUGGCUUUGCCAGUGAGUUAGACCAAGCUGUUGGUGGUGAUCCCAGCAGACUGAUUUUGAGUUUGAAUUUUGUGACCUAACCUAGAAUUAUUCACACUUUGGCAUUGAAUAGAAUGAAGGCCAGAAGUUCUGGGGGGAGUCUGGUGUGUCUGGGAAUCAGAGGCUGUUUUGUUGUAGCUGUUUAAAGCACUGUUCURAAAUGGCCCUUGCCCAAAGAAAGGAGCAGAUAACACUUGUUUUGGGAAGAAUUGCCAAAAAACGGUGUAGUUGAACAUUUCAUCACUCUAAAACUCUUUCUUUUAUGCUUCCUUUUUUAAGCACUAUUUUUACAACGUUUCCUUUAACUAACUGGUGUCUGUGCAAACCUCUCCUGUUGAUGUGACUCGGAGUUGGGGCUGCUCCAGGUUCCAGCUGGAGGGGUCCGUAGGUGUGAGAGCAGCACAGCGAGCUGCAGAGAGCCCUGGAGAACCAGCCUGGCUCCUCCACCGCCAUCUCCUUCCCKCGAUGGUUUUGCUUUCGCUUCCCCAGAUGCGGGAGCGGUGCCUUUUUUUCCGGGAAUACCUCGCACAAGGUGCCACCUCGCCUGCGGGCGCUCUGGAUGGCGGUGGGAGCCCGGGUACCCCCUCCUCGCUGACCGCUCUGCCUUUCUGCCCAUUCCCGAGCCACUCUCAGCCUCGGGGCCGCUCCCGCCCCGCUGUUUCUCACAAAAGCGGAUCCCGCUCCCGGCGUGUCCCGGGAUCGCGCUGUCCGCUCCGAUCGCCCUGCGUGCGCUCUCCUUAAAGCGGCGAUGCCGCCGGAGCAGCGCGCCCGCCUGGGGCGCAGCCGCAGCCCGUUUAAGGCCGCGCCAGCCCCACAGUGACACGGCCAUGCUGCGGGCCCGGUGGCCGCUGCCGCUGGUGGUGGGCGCGGGGCUGGGGGCGGCCCUGGCCCCCCGGGACCGCCGGCAGCACCGGGAACACCGGGAGCGGGGCGAUGCGGCCGAAGGGCUGCUGGCCCGCCUGCCCGUGCUGCCCGCCGUGGCAGCGGCCGGCCUGCCCGCGCCGCCGGGCUCGGGGCGCACCGAGCUGAGCAAGUACGGGCUGCCCGKGCUGGCGCAGCUGCGGAGCCGCGAGUCCUACGUGCUGUGCUACGACCCGCGGAGCCGCAGCGCGCUCUGGGUCAUCGAGCAGCUCAACCGGGACACGCUCAGCGGCGCCUCGGACCGCGCCGCCUGCGACUUCCAGGAGGACGAUUCGGUGCACGAAUAUCACCGCGCCACCAACGCCGACUACCGCGGCAGCGGCUUCGACCGCGGGCACCUGGCCGCCGCCGCCAACCACAAGUGGAGCCAGAAAGCCAUGCGGGACACCUUCUAYCUGAGCAACAUCGCCCCGCAGAAUCCUCAUUUAAACCAGAAUGCCUGGAAUAACCUCGAGAARUACUGCAGAAGCUUGGCAAAGCACAACAGGAAUGUCUACGUCUGCACAGGACCCCUCUUCCUACCCAGGAUGGAGGCCGAUGGCAAGAUGUAUGUCAARUACCAGGUGAUUGGGAAGAACAACGUGGCCGUCCCCACCCAUUUCUUCAAGGUGCUCAUCUUGGAAAAGGAGAGUGGGGAGAUUGAGCUGCGCUCCUAUGUGAUGCCYAACAGCCCUGUGGAUGAUAAAAUCCCCUUGGAACGGUUCCUGGUUCCCAUYGAGAGCAUUGAACGAGCCUCGGGGCUCCUCUUUGUCCCAAACAUCCUCAAGAGAACRAGUAACUUGAAAGCCAUCACAGCUGGAAAGCACUGAACCCUCACUAGACAAAUCCAGGUAACCCCUGGCAAGGGACUGACAGUCACCUGCACAAUAAUCCUGGUGCAGUUGYAAAUGUGGGAAGCAAAAAUCAAACCUGAGCUUCUGUCUGCCCUUCCUGUUUUGUUUAACUAAACACAGACACACAACAGGUCUCCAGGGGUGUCCUGCAGGAGGCUCAGCAGCACCUGACACCUUAGCAGCUCUCCAGGAUUUGCCCCUAAUUCACUUCUGCCUUGGAGUUGUGUGAGGCUCAUUAAGGCACAAAGGGAAGUCAUUAAUUGUUCCUGUUCAGCAGGGUAGAAGGGGAGCGAGAUGGGUGCCAAGGGAGGGGAGGAGAAGUUCCUGUCUCCUUGUGGCUAAAGAAUUGUAUGAUUGUUUUCUUUCAGAAGAUGGUUUUAGCAGUAAAGCUUUGAACACCCA